AUGGCGGCCGCCGCGCCCGUGGAGCCGCCGCGCGUGGGCUGCAGCUACCAGGCGGUGAUGCCGCCCUGCGCCGGCCUGGCCCCCGAGCUCCCGCAGCCCGCGCGGCCCGCCCGCCCCGCCCGCGGCAAGGCCCGGCUGCGGCGGCCGCGCCAGUCCCGCUUCAAGACGCAGCCGGUGACCUUCGACGAGAUCCAGGAGGUGGAGGAGGAGGGCGCGUCCCCGCUGGAGGAGGAGAAGGCGCGGCGCUCGUUCCUGCAGAGCCUGGAGUGCCUGCGCCGCAGCACGCAGAGCCUGUCGCUGCAGAGGGAGCCGCUGGGCGCCUGCAGGCUCCGCAACAGCCUGGACUCCAGCGACUCGGACUCGGCCGUGUGACGGCGGGGGGCCCGCGGGGCGGGGGGCGCGCUCCGCCGCCGCUGCCCGCACGGACGCUCGCUCGGACGGACGC